AAACAUCAGUGUUUUGACUUGUAUAUGCUGAAUCGACAGAUGGUCUAAAUAAACUCUGUCGCUAACUAGUUAGCUAGUUUACCCACUUUCCAGAUCGUUUUCACGCUUGAUUCUUAAUUUAUGGUCUUAUAGGAAAUAUAGGCCACAAUGGUGAUGUUACGCAGCGGCUCGGGCGCUGAACCAGCAGCCCAGAAGAAGCCAUCGGAACUGGACACGACCUCCGAGUUUCUAUCCCUGCAGCCGUCACCGAGAAAGUCGGCUCGCCGGAGCUCUGGUGACUGUUCCAGCUACAAGAAUACUCCGACAAACGGGUAUUUAUCAGUGAAGGAUGACGACAACAGUGCUGGACGAACUCUAAGGACGAGAGCACAGAAGAGCAAGCAGGGGGUUUCUUUUGCUGAUCUGAACGGUCAAACGACAGAAUCUCCACAAGAGGAGGCAGGGAAAAGGUUCACAAGGAAAUCUCCAAGGUUGCAGGCUGAUGGAAAAGCAAGCGAGGAGGAGCAAGCAGGUGCCCCAGGCCAGGUAGAGGGGACACCCACUUCCAGAAACCCCCGGUGUAAUCCUGGAGGAGCAGAGGUCAACAGCACAGUACGACGUAGCUCCAGAAUCUCGAGAUACAAGCAGUCUGUCCUCUAUGACAGACUCAUUACCAACACUGCAGAAGCCGUUCUCCAGAAGAUGGAUGACAUGCAGAAGAUGCGGCGUCGGCUGAGAAGCAGAGACACUAAAGACGUGAAUCUUGGAAUCUAUUCUGGAGCUAAGAGAAAAAGAAGUUCUGAGCAGACAGAUGAGGAAACGGCCGACAAUCAAGAGGAUGGGAAUGAAGGGUAUACUGAAGAUGAGGGAGAUGAGGAGGAGGAAGAGGAUGAAGACGAAGAUGACGAAGACGAUGAGGAUGUUGAAGAAGACAAUCGGAAACGCUACGAAGUCCGGCAGAGAAAAGCUGUGGUUCGCUACCAGGCGCCACUAGAUGAACCGAGAAAACAGACCAUGUUUUUCAACAGACAUUCUUCUGCCAGUUCAAGGAGGUAUAGAUUCAGCUCUACAGCACCAAGGAGCCCCUACAACCGUAGGAGGAAUAGCAGGAAUGGUUCUCUAGAUGGACGACGACAUGCCCUUCACAGCAGCGACACCACAUCCUCUUCCUCGUCUUCCUCUGACGAUGAGGAGCGCUUUGAGAGGCGGAGGAGUAAGAACCGAAACAGGUCAAUGAACAGAUGCCUCCCGCUGAAUUUCCUCAAAGAAGACCUGUUGGGGAUCCACAAGGACAGAGUGAAAAUUGGUGCUAGUCUUGCUGAUGUUGACCCCAUGCAGAUCGAUCAGUCGGUGCGUUUUGAAAGCGUCGGGGGUCUCAACAGUCACAUCUAUGCCUUAAAGGAGAUGGUGGUCUUCCCUCUGCUCUACCCUGAGGUGUUCGAGAGGUUCAAGAUCCAGCCUCCAAGGGGCUGCCUGUUCUACGGGCCCCCAGGUACUGGCAAAACCCUGGUGGCGAGGGCCUUGGCCAAUGAGUGCAGCCAAGGGGACAAGAAGGUGGCCUUCUUCAUGCGGAAGGGGGCUGACUGCCUGAGCAAGUGGGUGGGCGAGUCAGAGAGGCAGCUGAGACUGCUCUUUGAUCAGGCCUAUCAGAUGCGGCCAUCGAUUAUUUUCUUUGAUGAAAUUGACGGGUUGGCUCCAGUUCGAUCCAGCCGGCAAGACCAGAUACACAGCUCCAUCGUCUCCACUCUGUUGGCCCUGAUGGAUGGUCUGGAUGGCCGGGGGGAAGUGGUGGUGAUCGGAGCCACAAACCGGCUUGAUUCCAUCGACCCCGCCCUCAGGAGACCAGGGCGCUUCGACAGGGAGUUCCUCUUCGGCCUCCCAGACAGAGAUGCUCGGAAAGAAAUCUUGAAAAUACACACGAGACAGUGGAACCCCCAACCCUCCAAUGCUUUCCUUGAGGAAUUGGCUGACCAUUGUGUUGGUUACUGUGGCGCAGACAUCAAGGCGGUGUGCGCGGAGGCGGCCCUGUGCGCCCUGCGGCGCCGCUACCCCCAGAUCUACGCCACCUCCCAGAAGCUGCAGCUGGACGUGGCGUCCAUCAGCAUCGAGAGCCGGGACUUCCUGACGGCCAUGAAGAAGACGGUGCCCGCCUCCCAGCGCGCCGUGUCCUCCCCGGCCAAAGCCCUGACGCCCAUCAUCCAGCCCCUGCUGGGCACCACGCUGGCGAGCAUCCUGGACAGCCUGCAGAAGCUGUUCCCCCACGCCAGGCAGGGCCUCGUGGGGAGGCAGGAGACCGAUCUCACUGCCAGUAUUCUCGAUGACGACCUGAUGUACAGUGAGGACGAGGGACCCUCCGUGUUUGCAGACGGCCUCAUUCACAAGCAGGCCGGUCCCAAAGGGGGCUUUCUGCGGUUCGACAGGAGCGCGGUCCACCAGCCCACCUCCCACCGGCCCCGGCUGCUGCUGGCGGGACGUCCCGGCUCGGGGCAGAGCUCGCACCUCGCCCCGGCGGUGCUCCACGCCCUGGAGCGGUUCACAGUGUACACGCUGGACAUGGCCGUGCUGUUCGGGGUCAGCUCCACGUCUCCCGAAGAGGCCUGCGCCCAGCUCUUCAGCGAGGCGAGGAGGACGGCACCCAGCAUCCUGUACAUCCCCCACAUCCAGCUGUGGUGGGACACGGUGGGCUCCGCCCUCAAAGCCACCUUCCUCAGCCUGCUCCAGGACAUCCCCCCCUUCUCCCCCAUCCUGCUGCUGGCCACCUGCAACGUGCCCCACGGGAGCCUCUUCCAGGAGGUUCAGGAUCUGUUUCGUGUUGAAUAUGGAGAGGUGUAUGAUGUCCAGCUGCCCACCCAGGAAGAGAGGACAAAGUUCUUUAAGGAUCUCGUUCUGAAUCAAGCAGCCAAAGCACCUGCGUCUAAGAAAAAAGCUGUCCUGCAGGCCAUGGAGGUGCUUCCCGUGGCCCCGCCUCCGCCUCCACGCCAGUUGACAGAGGUGGAGCUCCAGCGCCUGGAGGAGCAGGAGGAGGACACCCUGAGGGAGCUCCGCCUCUUCCUGCGCAGCGUCACAGACCGCCUGGCCCUGGACAAGCGCUUCAAGGCCUUCACCAAACCGGUGGACAUCCAGGAGGUUCCUGACUAUCUGUCGGUUAUCAAGCAGCCCAUGGACCUGUCCACCGUGCUGACAAAGAUUGACCUGCACAAGUAUGUGACUGUGAAGGAGUUCAUGCAUGAUGUGGAUCUGAUCUGGCAAAAUGCACUGGAGUACAACCCAGACGUCGAUCCUUCAGAUCGGUUGAUCCGCCAUCGGGCAUGUGCCCUGAAGGACACAGCGCACGCCAUCAUCAGAGAUGAACUGGACGAGGAGUUUGAAAAGAUCUGUGAACAAAUCAAGGAGUCCCGCUCCAAAAGAGGUUGUUCAACCUCACGGUUUGCCCCAUCCUACUAUCACGUUCUGCCAAGGACGAAUAUGGCGGGGGAUUCUACCAAAAAUUGUACGAGUGCCUCUAAAGAUUCUGCCCAACCAGCAGCAACAAGCACACCACGUGUAGCAGCCUCUCAAAAGAAAAAGCGCAGGCGAAGCCGCUGGUGUAACGGCAUCAUCGCAAAAAAGAAGUCUUCCUCCUCGACUAACCCCUCCAAAGAGAACCCCAAUGCGGCGGAGUCAGGGGAGGAGGAGGAAGAGGGGGAGGAAGAGGAUGAAGAUGGGAAGAUGGGAGAGAGUGAAGAGGGUGAAGAGGAGCACGCUCUGGAGUCAGGUGUGGAGGAGCUGGAGGGCUGUGGGGACUCUUCUAUGGAGUGUGACCCACAGCAGCCCAAGGAUCUCAAACCAGAGCACGAGACACAGGGCGGAGAGCAGCAUGACCAGGCCCCCGCAGAGGGUGUAGAGCAGCUUGACCACGCGCCAACAGAAGGUGACCAUAUAGACCGCAUCCCAGCAGAAGGCAGAGACCAACCUACCGACAGCCCUGCUGAGGUGGUAGAUCUAAGACAGAAAACCGCCUCAGAGACCACAGGGCCUGACAAGGUAGAGGAAGGCAGUCUCACAGAAAAGGGAGUGGGAUGCAUGACCCGUGGGAGGAAGAGUAAGGUGCAGCAGCACAUCGAUGUGGAGAAGGCCAUGAACAUCCUGGCCCAGAAGACCCCACAGCUGGUCGUCGACCACGAGAAGCUGAAGGAAUUGCUAAGAACAGUAGUUUCCAAGACUGAGGGUUUUGAGGUGUAUGAACUGGAGAAGCUUUACGCAUUGCUGUGCCAGAGCAUUUACAGACAUCGGAAAGACUACGAUAAGACUGCACUUAUUCAGGAAAUGAAAAAAGAAAUCGACAGCUUUACAUAACUUUUCUUACUUCAAAA